CAAUGCAAAGUCAGUGUACAGAGAUUCAAGUAAUUUAAGAAAACCCCACUUUUUUGUGUGUCAAUAACCAAAAGAAACUCAUAAAAUCGGCAUGGUAGCAGAAUUUCAGGAAUCGUUACACAAGAAACUGAUAUAAAAACACACAAAAUCGUAAACCCACCAAGUGUUUGUAAAAAUUCCCAAGUGAAAGAUGUCAGGAAUCUACAAUCUCCGCUUGAUGAUCAGUGCACUAACCUUCAUCGCCAUGCUUACAAGCUCCAUGAUGGUCGCGCUGUCUCAGAAUGUCGACAUGGGAAGCUGCAUACUGGUGGCGCAGGAGCUAUCUCCAUGUUUGAGCUUCAUCAAAGGCAGCAACGGAGGGUUUCUUGGAGAGAAUCCACCGCCGUCGUGCUGCAGUGGCGUUACUAAGUUGGCCGCCGAUGCUAAAACGAAGAACGAUAAGGUUGAUUUGUGCGAGUGUAUCAAGAAGAGUUUGUCGAUAAUCGGAGCUUAUGACCCGAAUCGCAUUCCUUCGAUUGCCAAAGGCUGCGGAAUUCCAGUUCAAAUUCCUCCCAUUGAUAAUUCCACUGACUGCUCAGAGGUUGAAGGCUUCGAAUUUGGAAGUGGCAUGCCAAAUGAGGUUGGGAAUUGCCAUCAUCAUUGAUCCCAAUCAACAUAAACCAAGCCAAAAUCCCAUAUGAUGUUCUUCUUAAGUUUCUCUUCGUUUCAAAAUAAGAUUGAGUCUUCGUCUCAAUAAUCCUUAUUUACUUCCUAAUAAUACUCGAAUAACGAUAACCCGUUCA